ACUAUCAAUCAAUUAUGAUAAUUCUUUCUCGCUAUCUCUCGAUCUCUCUCGCUCUCUCCCCUUAGAAACGCACAUACAAGCUGUACAAAAUCGCGUUGUUAUGUUCCGUGGUAUCGAUUAAUCAAAUAAUGGAACAAGUGAAGUGAACGAAGAAAAUCUUGGAACACUCGAUUUUUCAGGAAUAUACUCAUCAGGACUCAUUAAUAGAUCCAUAUUUCCGCUCACUUGAAAGACCAAUUUUCGUAACGAUGCAAACUAUAAAGUCUGUUGUCAACUAGACCUCUGCUAUCAUCCAUUUCUGAACUUACAAGACAUGGUGAAAGGCUUCCUGAGGAGUCCUGAGGGACUCUUCCAGUUGUCACCAAGCACCACUUUGGUCGGACGAGAGAACUGUGACUUAAACAUCCAGCUAACAUCGAUAGAAUUACAGCAUGCCGUGAUUGAGUACAGCGAUGCCGAAAACUGUUUUGUGAUCCAAGACUUAAACACUGCCCAUGGAACCUAUGUGAAUGACUGUCGUGUUCAGAAUGCUGCAGUGAGGUUAGCACCUGGGGACAGCAUAAGGUUCGGCUACUCAGGGUUUCGACAUGAACUUGAGGUGGAAGAUGAUCAGGUUUCAUAUCCACCUGUCGGUAAUAGGGGCGUGGCCAGUGCCCCUAUGAAGAUGAUGCAAGAGACUGCCCCCAUUACUGACUACUCCCCCGCCCAGCUCCCAUACCUCAAUAACCAGGCCGGGGGCGACGCCACUUACAACCAACAUCAGCAGUCCACCCUCCCUUCCUUGGGAGGGGGCUCAUCCGCUGCCCCACCCCCAUCAGCAUGGGGGACACCGCCUACAGGUGUAAGUGGAGGUGGGGUGAUACCGAGACCCCCUAGAGCCAGGCCGUCGAGUGCGGGUACGAGGAGGGGGAGCGGAAGUGGACCAGGAACUGGGGGCGGGGUGCAUAUCACCAGCCAGAGCCCUACCAACAGCCCCCUUCCACCAAGAAGAGCUGUGACAGGAGGAUGGGUUAGUUCAAGCGGAGCUAGAGGUGUAUCAUCUGCCCCACAGGUCAAUGGUAGCCCCAACGCCAGAGGCUCACCGGUCAAUGACAUGCUAGCUGCACAUGAAAAGGAUCAGAGACUUCUCAGGAUGGGUGAUGAGAUUAACCGCCUGGCCGUCUUUGAGGCUGAAUCCCAGCGGAAGGAUGGAGUCAUUGGUCAGCUGCGGUCAGAUAUAGAAUCAUUGGCCAUGCAGGUUCACCAAGCCCAGCAGCAGAAGGCACCCUCAAUGGAUACAACGGUCCAGAAGAAACUCAAAGAACUGGAGAAAGAUGUCAAUCUCAAACAGCUUGAGGUCAACGCACUAAAGGAAAAGAUGUCCAAGAUGAGGAUGGAGAGCUCCGACCCCAUGGAGAACAUCGCCCACCUGCGCUCCCUGCUCCACCAGCGGGAGAGGGAGCUGGUCUCCCUCCGGCAGGAGGUGGAGAAGCUCCGCAAGGAGAAGGGCACCAGCUCCGCCCUGAUGACCAAGCUCCAGCGGGAUCUCACCACCAAGGAGGGCAGCAUCUCCAGGAUGAGGGGGGAGGUGGAGCUCUUGAAGAAGGAGCUGAGGGAGAAGGAGGUGGCGCUCUCCGCCCUGGCCGCCAAGUUCUCCCGCAUGAGGGAGACCAAGAAGCAUGAGGAGGAGCUGGCUGCAAGGAACAAGGAGGUGGUCACUCUCAAGCAUAAAUUGAAAGGCGCCGAGAGCAAGGUCGAGGCACUCACAAAACAGGUCGCUGAACAGAAGGAAGAAAUCGACAAGUUAACAGCUCAGAAUGAAGAAGAAACAAAGACAAAGCAGAGGUUUUCUGAUGAGAAGGAAGAGAUGAAGAAGAAAUUCUUGGAAUCUCAGAGAGCUGAGAAGCAGGCCAGGGUAGACAUCGACCAAGCCAAGAAACAGUUGGAGCGCUUUAGACAAAGGGUCAUGCAGACGACCUUUUCUGCUCCAGGAUUCCGGGUUCCAGACGAUGAAUCUACCGUCACGGAUGACAGCCUCUUGGAGACGAUGAGCAAGCUGAUCACGGAACGCAACGAGGCGAAGAAUAAAGUGCGGGAACUCAAAGAUACAAUGAAGGGUCUGGAAAGCUCUAGCAAGGAGACUAAGACUAGUCACAAGACCCUCAAACAACAUCUGAUUGCUGCAGAGAAACGCCUUGAGGAAGGAGGUAGAACAUGCUCCCACAUCCGUAAUGAGAUAAAACUCCUUCAGUCUGUCACUGUAGAUGAAUCGUUACAGAACGUUAAGGAUACCAUAGCUAUGAUGCUCCAGAACGAGCUAGCAUGGCAACAAUCGUUUGAGACUACGCUGGAGAAGUGUGGCUUCGACAUCAAGACUGGUGGAAAAGAUCUCCAAGCUCAUAUCGAUGCACUGAGAGAUCAAUGCAGUAAGGAGAAGAAACUGAAAGAGGAAAUUCAGAUGAGCGUUGAUACCAUGUCAUCGGGGGUCAGGGCUGAGAUGGAGAGAAAGCUAGAGAGACAGAAGACGGAACAUGAAGACACAAUGAAGAUCACCAUGGAAAGACUCAAACUGGAAAAUGUGAAAGAAAAGGAAACUGCUAUUGAGGAGGCUAGACAGGCGGAGAAGACAAGAUUGGAAGAGGUCUUACAGUCCGAGAGACAGAAGGUACAGCACCAAGAACAUAGUCUGGAACAGUUAAGACAGGCUUUAACAGAAAGAGGAUCGGAUGAGGAGAAGUAUGUUGCAAUGGAGAAGAGUUUGAAAUCACAAAUCGAGGAACUUCAAAAAGAAGAGAGCAAGCUGCGGGAGGAUCUUACUCUCCACCAGGAGCAGCACAAGAGCUCCGCCUUGAAGGUCGAAGGUCAAGUGACGGAGAUGCUGGAGGCUCACGAGAAGCAGGUGGCGGGGUUGAAGGAGCAGAGUCGGCAGCACGCCCUCACCAUCGUCUCCUUGGAGGAGAAACUCAAGAAAUCUCAGAAGGAGCACCAAGCCUCCAGGAAGGAGUCCAAGGAGCUGGAGAAGAAGCUUGAAGUUCAAAGCAAGCAAGCGGAGGAAGAAUUGAAGAGAAUCAAAGCAUCUGCACCAGCCAAGCCUGUCAUUGUCACCCAGCCCUCUGCUGAAGUACCUGGCCUUCAACAUGCUAUUAACCUACUAAAGAGAGAAAAUGGACAGCUAAAGAAGGAGAUACAGGAUCAGCAGGAUGUGGUCCUUGGUCUAAGGAGAGAUUUAGCUGGAGCAUCGGCAAGACUAUCAGAUAUGAGAGGAGAGCUUAGUGACCGUCAGAAGGAGGAGAUGGAGAAUCAGAAGGCUCUUAUUAAGGACCAAGAAGCCGAACUGACCACUCAGAGACAGCAGCUGGUCAAGCUAUCUGAGCUGGUGGACAGGAAAGGGAUCGAGAUGGACAACAUGGUCAAAGAGAUUGCUGCACAAAAAGAACUGCUGCUUAGGCAGAAGAAGGACACCGCUAUCAAGGACUCGGAGCUGAACAGACUGCAACAGCAUCUCAAGCAGGAACAGGAACAGUCCCAGAAGGCCAAGAAAGAAGUUGAACAAGAGGGAUUAAUCACAAGCGAACUUUCAACAGUAGGAGCACAAUGCCGAGGGGAAAGACAUAACGAGGUCAUCUCCAGGCAACGAGAAGCACUUGGUGAAUUAAGAGGAAGGAUAAAAGGCCUAGAGCAAAACAGACCACCAUUGCCUACACAGGACCAGGCCUUACAGCAGGUCAUCCUUCUCAAGAAAGAGCUCGCUGAGAUGAGGGCCAAGCAAGCCCAGAUCUCUGCUAUGUCAGGCCAGUCCUCCUCCCCCGACGUCCUCCUUGAACGCGAGGUAGCCAAGGCCAGAGGUCAAUUGUCGACCUCUGUCUCAGAUGCAGCCAUCGAGAGGAGCGCCAGGGUCGAGAUCCAGCAAUCUAUGGAUAAGAGUGAAACAGCUUACAUGGAGCUAGCCGGGACAGUUGCCCGCCUACUCGGGCUAGGAGAGAUUCCGGGCCAGGAAUCACUGGCCCACUUGCCCAGGGAUGAGAAGGAUCGUGUCAUGAUUGAGAGAGGCGACAGCCACGAACUCAUCCUGAGCCGGCUGAAGACACUCAACCAGCGUCUGGAACGCAAGGAUGCCCUCUUACAGGACUAUGAGAAGGACCUCGAGAAGCUGCGAUUGGCUGAGAGAGUAGCCAAUGAGAAAGCAGGACAGGUCGAGAGUUUAGCUGGUGACGUCAGGAGUCGGCAGGACGAAGCUCAUUACCUGAGGGAGACAUUGAGGAGAACAAGAGAAGAAUUAGACAAGGAGAGGAGACUUAACAGUGCAAUCAAAAGUAAAAAGACAUUCCACCUUGAAAAUGAUGAGAAAAAUAAGCAAGUGUGGCCCAAACACAAGUGUUAUGAAGAUGAAAUGAAGGUGAAUAAGAAGGAGAGCAAGAAAAAGCUUCAAAAGGAGAAGUUUAUUCGCAAGAAAUAUGAAAUAGAGACACUGAAAGCGGAACUUGAAGCCAAGGAUCAAAAGCUAUGUGAGACAACAGCUCGACUCAUUAACAUGGAAAAUGCUGCUAUGUCAUGAUUUAUUCAUUCAGGACAGUGUCCAUCAUGUAGGCAAACAUCCCAACCAGCUAUCUUUUACACUAGGAGAGAGUUAGUCACAUAGAAAAAAGGUCAAAGUUCAGAUGUCAUCUAUGGGUAUACGCAAGUGUUAUUUUGUAUGUUGUCAUCUUAACCUUUUUACCAUCUUUUCCUUAUGGUACAUUCAUGUGACAAUUAAUUAUGAUGAUUUUGAUUUGCAAAUAAAUUUGUAUAUCACUGCUCUGAAAAUUAUAUCAUUCAUUAGGCAAAUUAUAAUAUAAAAUUUUAUAUUACUUUUGAGCACAGUUACAUUUUUUUUUGCAAAAUAGAUUUGUAUAAUACCAUGUUGAAAAUUAUAUUAUUAGGCAGAAACUGUUGUGAUUUUCAGCAUGGCAUGAUAUCUGGGUGUGAAAGUAAUUCCAUAAGUCAUGUGACUUAUGAGGUAAACAUUGUCUUGUUAUUAUUUUUCAGCUCAGAUAAUAACUCAAUGUGGAAUUAUACAAAGCCAUGGCUGAUGUUCCAAGUGGUAAUUUGUGAUAUUAAAUUAGUUAUGCAACCUCAGUGCUAUGCGCACAUAAGUGAGGUCAUGAAUGGAUAAUAAUAUAAUGAUAAGUAGGAAAUGAUAUUAGUAAUAUCUAAAUUGAAAUUAAUUAGGAUCAUAAAAUGAUUAUAAUUUAAUAUGUUGCAAAAUGUUAUUAGUGAUAUCUAGAUUACAAUAGAUUUUAAAAUAUAUUGUGGCAUCUUUAAGGACGUAAUAAAUAAUAUUCCUCCAACCUAUUAGUGUAACGCAAGAUCAUUUGUUCAAUAGCAGAUAGUAUUUUCUUUCAAUUUUGUAUACUAUUAAGAUUGUUUACUGAUAACUAAAUAUUGCUUUGUUAUAAAAAAAUUGUUCAUAAACAAUCUUUUUGUUCACUUCAUCACCUUGAUUGUAUGUAAAAAUGAAAUAUAAAAUGUAAAUGUAUACGUCAAAAUAUUGGUUUCCUUGACUCAUACAAAGACAUGUGGUUUGUAUUCAGUAUGCUUAUCAAACAUCAGGUCAUGUUGUUUUCUUCCUAACCUUAGCUUGAAGUCUUCUUAUAGUUUGAAAAUCAAUGUAUAUUUUUCUGAAGAAAAAAAAAAUUGCUGAAAUUAAAAUGUGAAAUUGAAUGAUUCAGAGACAUGCGAUUAAGAUGGAUAGUAAAUAAAAACAAAUUAACUGUUGAUUUAACUCCAUGGAACAUCAAAAUGUGAAUUUCUUUAUAUGGGACACAUGUAUCAAGUUAGUCAUUAGUGUGACCUUUAUACCAGCUAUAUAACUUAAAUUCAGUGAUCGCAAAGAAUUUAACCUGCUGGAGAUAAGACUUUCACUUAAAAUGCUUUGGAAUAUUAAAACAUUGCCAGUUCAUCAUAUGCUCAAUUUAGUCUGUUUGGAAGUAUUUCUUCGGGCAUUAUCACAUUUUCAGAGCAACUAAAGAAGUUGCAGUAGCUGUUUGAUGUGUCUUCUAUUUCGUAUGUUGUUUUGGGGCAAAAUAAUGUAUUUUCUGUACAAAAAACAAGUAAUGUAUAUCGUAUGAGCAUUAUACUUUCUGAAUUAUGUUUUAUUUUGUGAGGAAAUAAUGUUUUUACCUCCAAUUCGCAUAGAAUAAAAAGUUUUGCUAGAUAUCAAUAUAGGUUUUUUUUAUUUAAAGAAGGUUUACAGCUAUAUUAAUAAUGGUUUAUUUCCACAUCAUGAAAUCAAAUGACUUUUUAAGGAUCUGGUUUCUACAAGAAGCUAAAUGAACAGAAUUGCUUUCAACAUGCAAUUACUAAUAUCAGCCUACUAUAAAUAAAUGUUCUUUUGUAAAAAUUAUACAGUGAAAUCAAGAAUAUUUAGCAGCAUACGUUCAAAUUACUAGGAAAAGCAAUACUUUCAUUUAGGAGUUCUUUACUGUUUUUUCCCCUUCAGUUGUACAUUCAUAUUAUGGUACUUGUCUUGUACAUUGUGUUCAAUAAUUGAUUACACUUACAUUACUUAAUUGAUAUGAUGCAUUGAAAUACAAGCACUGUUCUGAAAUCAAGCAUUAUUUGCAGGAAUACUAGUAUUUGUACAUUUAAAAACAAAACAAAAAUUAUUCUUUAAUUUAUUCAUAAUUUACCAGUUUCAAUGGUGGAAAAGUUGGAGUGACUUACCUUGUACAUUAUAAGUUUUAUUUCUUAAAAUGGUUAUAACUUUAUACUUGAAUGGUUUGAUCAGUGAAAAGGGGCCUUUUGCCGAAAGAUUUGCAUUUAAAUGCAUCUCCAUAAAUCAAACGCAACUGGAUUUUCAACUGAUCAGAUGCGUGUAUUUAGUACUUGCAUAUGAUUUUUUUAGUAAUAUCAUAAGAAACUUUUUUCGCCAUGUCAAUCAUCUCCAACACUAAUGCAUUUUUAAAAAUUCUUGCACAAAUUUCACCCACAGAAAAUGAAACUUUUUCUAAUAGCAUAUUGCAGUAUGUUAUAUAUGCAAGGAAAAUCAAACAUCACAGAGUUUUAACUUGUUGAAUACAUCUAUUUUUUUGCACCCUUUAGUAUAAUAGUAACUGCAAGAAGUGAUUGAUAAAAUAGUAACAAAAAAUUGCCAAAUUCUAUUUUUAAAUCACUUUUUUUUAAUUAAACAAAAGUACUCAGUAUAAUGUCCCGUUCUAAUUCAUCUUGUAAAAAGUAGAACGUAUUGAUUUCAUAUAUCGGUGAAAUAGAACUCUUUUAGAAAAAUGAUUGUUGAUCAUUUUAGAGAAUGUGAUUUAUAUGUACUAUGUGACUAAGCUUUACACAUAGUGUAAGAUAUUUCAUUGUAGAUAGAUGUCAUAUAUUUGUACAUUGCAUUGUACUACUUUGAAAUGUAAUGCUAUUCUCUGUAAUUGUAUAUUUUUAGCAAAUGAAAGAUCAAGUCUUGUGAGUGAAUAUAUUGUAUAUUGGUACAUUCUUGCAAAAUCAUGUUGUGAAAAUUAUAUAUAGAGAUUAAAAACAAAGGGAGAUUAUUUCUUCUGUAUC